UCAGCGGAACGCUGCCGGAAUCGAUCGAGUUAGCAAAUCGAAAACGUUAUGUAAACGUUUAUGUCCUUUCUAAAGUGGGAGUUUGGACCCGAUGGUGGUGACAGCUGUCAUAAAGACGAUAUAUUUGCGAGUUGACCCAUUUACACGUAAACAAUUGUUUUAGCGGUGAUCGUCGCUAACAAGCAACUCCCGCUGACGAAGCCGUUUCUCAUCUCGUCUCGCACGAUCGCUGUUCAAUUCGCCGAUCGUAUAUUUUCGACGUUUCGAACGACAACACACACUGUAAAGGAUGACAAUGGGCGAUGAGACUCCAGUUGUAUCACUGGUUCUUCCUGUCAUAUUAAGACCGAUACUAACCAAGCUGGAAAGGCAGAAUGUAAUGGCUGCACAAACUCUGCGCACAGCCCUUUCAAAAGCAGAGAGCUCGCAUCCUGGGAUUACGCAUGAUUUAAUUUUGGGCAUAAUACGCAGAGCAGAGCUUAAUCUUGAUAUGAAUGAGAGUGUCUUACGGUUGCAAGGUGCUGCUUCUGAUUACGAUGUUGUGGAAUAUCGUUCAGCUCGUUCAGAAGAUGCAUUUCAAGAAUUGAAUCGUAAAUCAACUUCCUUAAAAAGAAUUCUCAGCAGGAUUCCCGACGAGAUCACUGAUAGAAAGACUUUUCUGGAGACAAUCAAAGAAAUUGCAAGUGCGAUAAAGAAACUAUUAGAUGCUGUAAAUGAAGUUACCGCAUUUAUACCUGGUUCAGCUGGCAAACAAGCCUUGGAUCAACGUAAGAGAGAAUUUGUGAAGUACAGCAAAAGGUUCAGCAAUACAUUAAAAGAAUAUUUCAAGGAAGGACAAGCAAAUGCGGUAUUUGUGAGCGCAUUAUACCUAAUACAUCAGACAAACAUGAUUAUGCUCACAGUAAAGGAUAAAUAAUUUUAAGGAAGCAGAGGUGCUAAUAUUAUUAUGUCAUUAAGGCUGCUGAGUGGUCGCUGUGACUGUCUUUAAUGACAUGAGGAGAAUGAAAAUAAAUAUACGAUAUUUAUUUUCAUACUCUGAACUUCGACUCUUUCGUCGGUAAUGAUUCUCAAUUGCGACAGUUUGCUGCGUUCUCUCUAUUAUUUAUCAUUUUACGGCUAAGUACACACACACACACACACACACACACACACACACACACA